AUGUUAGAUUUGUCAAAUCAUCGUCAAUCAAUUCAAGUUGUUCUUGAUAAACAUUCUCAAAAGGCAAAAAGUGAGUACAGAAUUCAUUUGGAAGCUUCAAUUGAUGUGGAUAUUGUCAAUGCUUAUGCGAAAGAAACAUUGAAAGUUAUAAUUGAGGACUUGAAUGGAGAUUACUUUGGGAUAUUAGUUGAUGAAUCUAAAGAAAUCUCACACAAAGAACAAAUGGCUCUUAUUUUGAGUCUUGUCCAUGUUAGUGAUACAUUGGCAUACUCAUUGAAGAAAGAAAUUUAUUCUUUGCUUUUCGAUCACUCACAAAGUCCAUCCAAAAUACGUGGACAAGGUUAUGAUGGAGCUAGUAAUAUGAAAGGAGAGAUAAAUGUUGAAGACUUUUUUGAUCAUGUUACUAAUGUGUUGAAUGUUAAUGGAGGAUUUUUUAAGCGUAGAGAUUUACUUCGUCAUCAUCAAGCCAUAAAUUUGAAGCAAUUAUUUGAGUCCGGUAAAGCUCAUACAGGACAAGGAUUACAUCAAGAAUGUGGGCUUCAAAGAUCGGGUGAUACUCGCUGGGGAUCACAUUUCAAAACAUUGGAUAACUUUCUUGUUAUUUUCUCAUUUGUUAUUCAUGGGCUUGAAGUGAUUGAAAUUGAAGGUUCUACCUCAAGUGAUAGAAAUCAAGUGGAAUAUCUUUUGACAAAGGUCAAAACAUUCAAAUUUAUUUUUAUACUUCACUUGAUGUUGAAAGUGUUGGCCAUGUCAAAUGAGUUGAGCAAGAUUUUACCAAAAAAAGUUCAAGAUAUUGUUAAUGACAUGGAAUUUCUUAACAUCUCAAAGAAAAGAUUGCAAGAUAUGAGAGAAAAUAGGUGGAAAUCUUUAUUGGAUGAUGUUUCUUCAUUUUGUGAUUCACAUGGUAUCUUAAUUCCCAAAUUAGAUGAGCCUUAUUUUCCUGGAAAGUCAAAACUUAAGUGUUUGGAUGUUUGUUAUUCGCACCAUUUGCGUGUUGAAAUCUUUUGUGCUGUCAUUGAUGUGCAACUUCAAGAGCUUAAUAAUCAUUUUGAUGUAGUGAGUAGUGAUUUGCUUCUUGGAAUGGGCAGCUUGAAUCCUGUCAAUUCUUUCUUUAACUUUGACAAAGAUAGAAUCAUGACUUUAGCGAAGUGUUAUCCAAAUGAGUUUGAUGAUGGAAAGCUUCAAGAUUUGAGUUAUCAACUUGAUACUUUCAUAAUUUAUAUGCGAAGUGGUAAUUUCAAAUUCUCCAACUUGCAAGGAAUUCGUGUCUUGGCAAAGGCAUUAGUUGAGGCAAAUCUUGUGGAGACUUAUUCACUUAUUUAUUUACUUGUGAAGUUGGCUCUAAUUUUACCCGUUGCUACGGCAACUGUGGAAAGAGCACUCUCUUCCAUGAAGCACAUAAAAAAUGAAGUGCGAAAUAGUAUUGGUGAUCAAUAUUUAAAUGAUUGUUUAGUAUGUUACAUAGAGCGUGAUGUAUUUGCAAAUGUAAGUAAUGAUGUCAUCGUUGAUCGUUUUCAGAAUAUGAAAACUCAUCGUGGACAAUUGUAA